AUUCGAUAACUUCAUCCAUACUUGGAUCUCUUUAAUAUUCUCAACCUACGACCCUCGGGUUGUCCUCACCACCCAAUAUGGGUCUCCUAUCCUCCAAAACCCUUAUCCAGGCUCACGCCGUGUUCCUCUUCACCCUCGCGGUUUACUUGACGCGUUCACCCCAAGUCAUCACGGAAAGCGACAUAGUCUUUAUGCUAGGCGAAUUCCUCCAAAUCGACGCCUCCCCCAGUUUCUCCCGUCCCCAAUCCCCCUUCGCCAUGUGCGGUAUCCUCCUCGUCGCCGAUGCCCUAAUCGACCUAAUCCUCGUCACCAAAAUCCCCCAGAUAAAUGAAAUCCUCGCCAUGGCGGAAGCCGUCCGAUACCAGUCCGCGAUCCCAGUCGGCGGAGCAAUGCGCACAAACCCCUUUAUUGGACGGCUGGCGUCGCUCUACUCGGAGAUCUGGACGCUGCUUUCGGCCGCGAGGUUUUGUCUUUUCUUUGCGGUCUCUUUCUUCAUCUACCAGAGUAAGCCGGCAGCUUGGGGGGUGGAUGUCUCGAGGGUUGCGGCGAGGGGAGGUCUUGGUAUGGGUGCUGUGGGUGCGGGCGAGGCGCUCUCAGGGCUGGAUCAGUUGAAGAAUAGGGUGGUUUUUACGUAUGGAUUUAUGGAGAUGAUGUUUUGGCUUUGGAUUUUUCUUACACUCCGCGAGGAGAGACAGGAAAUUGCGACGAAGUUUGCGGAGCGUGAACGUGAACAUGAUCGGUGA